AUGGCCCCCUCACUCAUCCCUCUGCAAGAUGGCUGGUUCCAUGAGAUGUCGUCGCAAUGGCCUGGCCAAGCAAUGUCAUUGAAGGUGAACAGGAUCUUGCAUGUCGAAAAGUCCCUGUACCAGGACAUCCUGGUUUUUGAAUUGGAGACAUUCGGAAACGUCCUGGUGCUCGACGGUGUUGUCGAAUGCACAGAGUGCGACGAGUUCUCUUAUCAGGAAAUGAUUGCACAUAUCGCCUUGAAUAGUCAUCCGAACCCCGAGAAGGUGCUGGUUAUCGGCGGUGACGAUGGAGGUGUUCGAGAAGUGUUAAAGCACGACUCGGUUACGGAGGUCGUUCUCUGCGAUAUCGAUGAGGCUGUGAUCCGAGUAUCCAAGCAGUAUCUUCCCCAUAUGUCCUCUCUUCUUUCAUCUGCCAAGGUGACUGUUUUCAUCGGAGACGGUUUCAAGUUCCUGGCUGAGCAUGACGGUCGCUGCGAUGUCAUCAUCACCGACUCUUCGGAUCCUCCUCUCCAUGAUGCCCUUGCUCCUGGUGGCAACAUCUCUACCCAAGGAGAAUGUCUUUGGUUGCACCUUCCACUCAUCUCCCAGCUUAGAUCAAUGACUCUCGAGAUUUUUCCUGUCUCCGAGUACGCCUACACGACCAUCCCCACCUACCCUUCCGGUCAGAGAGGCUUCAUAGUCUGUUUCCAACCCCUACGUAAGCUCAGCGAUACGAGGUAUUACUACAAUGCUAUUCAUAUGUCUGCGCUCAUCCUCCCUGAGUUUGUUGGUGUCCUUCUGUCCGAGGGCAAGAACAUACAACCGAAGUUUGGUCGUGAAGCACUUGCAGUUGCGAAUGUGAACAAGCAAUCAUGUGGACUGGACUUGGAAUGA